AUGAUUUGGAAUGAACCCAUGAAACAUCAUGACGAUUGUUAUUUUUGUUUGGUGAACAUAACUGGUAUUAACCAAAAAAAUCGAGCGAAAUGGGAAUAUCCUUCCAUACAAUCGGCACAUAGACGUGUCCUGAGCCCUAAGUCUACACCUGAACCUCAAUCUGGUACUCUACAGGAAGAGUCAAAAGAUUUUGAGAAGAAAAACAACAGUAGUGAUAGUGAUUUUGAAUGCGACCUGGGAACGCCAAAACCAUUCAAUGAAGAUAAUGUAAACGACUUAAUUAGAGAUCUGGGACUGUCAAAGUCAGCUUAA